AUGGAGGAGAUAAUGACAAUGAUCUUCAACGGAAUCAAUCUGGUUAAGGAGCUUGAGUUCAGCUUAUCAUCACAAGAGUUGCCAGAAUCAGAUUUGUCUAACUCUCUCGGCUCGAUCUCCACUUUAUUCGGAGAUGCAAACGAGCGGCUGAAAAGCCAACUAGCGUGGAAGAACUCUUUGGCACAGCUGGAACCGGUUCGAAUGAUGGAUAUGAUGAUGGAGACAGAACCGGCUUUGACGCAGCAGGACCACUGGAUAAGGUACCCUGUGAUGCAGACGGUGAAGGGUAAUGAUGAUACCUCGAGACCAAGGCAUCGACCAAGGAAGAAGGAUAUAGGAGGAGAAGAAACGGUGCUGAUGGCGGCCAUGGGGAGGAUUGAGAUCCCGCCGGACGACAAUUACACUUGGCGUAAAUACGGUCAGAAGGAGAUUCUUGGUUCUAGGUUUCCUCGGGCGUACUAUAGGUGCACCCACCAGAAACUAUACAAGUGUCCGGCGAAGAAGCAAGUGCAACGGCUCGACGAAGAUCCUUAUACGUUCCGUGUCACUUACCGUAGUUCACACACUUGUCACUUCUUCGCCACUUCCCUGACCUCAUCAGCACAUGUGCAUGCCACCACACCAGCCGCAAACGUUCCCGCCGUCGUUAACUUGGCCGAAACUAUGAUUGGCAACAUGGACUCCGUUGUUCCGUUUGGCGAACUUCCCUACUUUAACCACCAUUGCCUCGUUCCUGGAGACGAUGCUAAUUGCGAAGACACGUGGAAUUACGACAUGUCCUCUUAG